UACAUUAUACUUCUAUGCACCAAGUCGGCAUUCACUGUCCGCCGACCCAUACUAAUAUAAUAAGCCACCGCGCCAACUCAAUCCAUCCAUCCCGUCGCCCCAUUCAUCUUCUCACACGUGUCCUCCCAUCACCGACUUUCCAUAAAACCACAGGUCACCACAUCAACUUCCUCCUCUUUACCUACAGGAAGGAAGCUUCACAGUCACACGUUUAGAAGAUUUCAACGAAGGCUGUCUAUCUACCCGCUUCUCUGAAACUUCUCUUCAAAAUUCCGAUCUUAAUCACUACUUCAUCUGGUAAGAUUCUUCGUUCAAUUUUUCUUCGCUUUUCGUUAGAUCCAUUUUUUGUGUGGAUUUUUGGAAGGUAGAGGUAGGGUUAGGGUUAGGGUUGUUUUAUCUGUGGAUCUGUGCAGUUUGUUUCCUUUUCUUGUAAAUCGGUUGCUGAUCUAAAGAUCUAACGAUUAGUUAAUCAAAAUGAGUCGUCCCCAAGAACCACACCGACCUUCCUUCCCUUUUGGGAAUCCUUUCCGCAUGAUAUUACCCAAGGGGUCUUAUCUCUCUCCAAGGCUUCUCAGUCUGUUAAACGAUUUCGAGAACACCUUGGCAGAGAGGCUGAGAAAGCUUAAGCCAAAAGGCACGGAAGAUGUGCUUAGCUGUUCAUGGAUGAAAUUAGCAAUGGAGUUGCUUUGUGAAAUCCAUAAAGACAUAAAAAUUCUUAUUACCGAUCUUGAACUCCCUGUAUGUGACUGGGAUGAUAAAUGGAUAGAUGUGUACCUGGACAACAGUGUGAAAUUGCUUGAUAUUUGCAUUGCUUUGAGCUCUGAGCUCUCACGGCUCAACCAAGGUCAUCUUUUGCUCCAGUGUGUCUUGCGCAAUUUGGAUACUGCUUCCCCGAAGCAGCUUGUGCGAGCCCGUUCUUCACUUGACAGUUGGAGGCAGCAUAUUGGUUCAAAGAACCCCAAACUUCAGAACUGUUUGACCAUCUUGGACAGUCUUGCUGAAUCAAUUAAUCUCCCCAAGAUUAAAAAUUCAGCUAAGGGAAAAGUCUUGAUGCGUGCCAUGUAUGGAGUUAGGGUGGGCACUGUAUUUGUCUGUAGUGUCUUUGCUGCUGCCUUCACCGGAUCUGCCAAUAAGUUGAUAGAUUUGCAUGUUGCUGACACAUUCCUGUGGUCUGAAGCUUUUACCGAUUUGCAGUCUUAUGUAAAUGUAGAAAUUAGAAAUACAUUUUCCAGUGGAAGAGUUACAGUAUUGAAAGAGUUGGAAGCAGUUGAUACAAGUAUCAAUAAAUUGUAUCCCAUGGUCCAGGAUGGUGUAGGCCCUGCUGAAGAUGGCACGUUCCAAAAUUCUGUUUCAGAUUUAGGAAAGAGUGUGGAGAAACUGUCAGAAGGCCUAGAUCUCCUUACCAAGGAUGUGGAUGGCUUCUUCCAGAUGGUUUUAACUGGUCGUGAUGCAUUGCUCUGUAAUCUAAGAGUAAGUCCGAUGCACGAGGAUAACACACAGGCACGAAUUUUGAGAUCACCCCGAUGAAGAUACAAUCUAUCAUAUAUACACAAACGGGUUUAGGUAUGGGGUUUUCUGUUAUCUUAUUGGUAUUUUAUUCUUGUGUACGAUGCAUUGUAACCUGUAAGCUGUAUUAUGCUAGUUCUGUACUGGUAUAUACAUGGAUGGUGUCCUAUAAUGUAAUGUUAAUGAUAUAUGAAAGGGUUUGUACUAUUUGCAA